CACUGUUAAAAGCUACAUCUUAUUUUAAGUUUCAUGAUGAAUUACUUUGUGCUGGGAAUUUUUAUAUUUCUUCUUUUGGAAUCUUUUGUUUAUACGCAAGAAGUAGAAGUUGUGGUAGAGAACAAAGAUAAUCAAUGCGAUGCCUACUGUUUCAAAGUGUUAAGACCCAUGCUAGAACACAUAUCUGUAAUGCAGGAACGUUGGGAAUUCUGUAAUUCAAGUAAAUUGGCCAACACCAGCUCCAGGUUGGAUAAAAUUGAGAGUCAGUUGGUGGCACAGGAGGCAAAGGAUGUCAGUUAUGCAGCAGCCAUCGAGGAAACAAAAAUGAAGUUGUUGGAACAGAAAAGUUUAAUCGAAAACCAAAAAAACAUAAACAGAAAACCAUUUCAGAAAGUUGGAUCUAAAUAUUAUUACAUUGAGGAAAUACAGCAACUCAAUUGGUUUGGAGCGGCACAUAAAUGUCUGGAAUUCGGGGCUCACCUGAUCAGUCUGGAUGACCAACAGGAACUGAAUGCAAUCAAUUCGAAACUGAAUCCCGUAAAUGCGUAUUGGACUGAUAUCAAUGACCUCAGCGAGGAGGGGACCUUCCUCUCACUGACGUCGGGCGUGAGGGCAAAAUUUUUAAACUGGAGAACCGGGGAACCCAAUAAUGCCGAUAGGUCCGAGCAUUGCGUUUAUUUAUUUGGCGCAUAUUCCCACAUGAAUGAUUUCAAAUGCAGUUCACCAAAGUAUUUCAUUUGUGAGUCAUUUGAUGCAUAACCAGUCAAUGCUGGUAUUCGCAAAUAUUAAAAAUACCUAUAUUAAAUUAAAGACAAAAGCACACAUCUUCUAA